AUGGCUCAGCCUUUCUUGAAGAAGGACGACGAUCGAGAUGGCGAAGGUAUGUCCGAGAGGCCUAGUUCGCUCGCCCUGGCUGUCUUAUGGCACCCGAUUUCUGUUUUCCUACGCCUAUGUGGCCAUAGUCUCUGUUUUGGAGACUUGAAGCUUGUGAUGCUCAUGUAUUUCUGGGGUAAUCCUGUUCUCUUCGUAAUUAUGUCACUGCUCAUAGAUAUCGCUGCGCUUUUCGUAGAGUUAAUGUCUAUGAAAUAUGAUCGGUUGAUUCGUUAGCGGUGGAUUUUCGAUGAGUAAACUUACUAGGACAGCCUACCUCGUGGCCUUAUUCAUGUAUUCUUCAAUUCCUAUUGUUACGUGUUCCUCCAACGUAGUCUCUAACCGUUUAGAUUAGUGUCACUAGUUAGAUUAAUUUCUGCCUUGGGUACUGCCUUCUUGAUUAUAAAGUCACGAAAUUUCUCCUUAUUUCGCAGAGGAAUAUUCUCUAUUCUUUGGAAUAGAGAAGGGUGCAGUUUUACAGGAAGCUAGAGUUUUCAAUGAUCCUCAACUUGAUCCUAGGAGAUGCUCUGAGGUAUUUCUUUCGCAAUUACUACUCAUAACUGAGCUAUCUGAUUUAUAGAAAUCAUCCUGAGCUUUUCAUUCCAUGGGUGCAGGUCAUCACGAAGCUGUUGUAUUUGCUCAAUCAGGGUGAAACGUUUACAAAGGUUUGGGUUUGUUUAUCUGUUAAUCUAAAGUUUUCCACCCUGAUUCAAUUUUAUCUCAUAUUUCUACUACGGUAUGUGAUAUCUCCUGUAGGUUGAAGCGACAGAAGUUUUUUUUUCUGUCACCAAGCUUUUUCGGUCAACGGAUUCAGGGCUUAGGAGAAUGGUCUAUCUGAUGAUCAAGGAAAUUUCCGCAUCUGCUGAUGAGGUUGGUUAUAAUGCAUCAUUGUUUCCUUUCAAAUUUACUCAACUGUUGACCAUUAAGAUUAACAUGUCAGACUCUUUCUGGAAGGUCAUUAUUGUCACAAGUUCAUUGAUGAAAGAUAUGAAUAGCAACACGGACAUGCAUAGAGCAAAUGCAAUUCGGGUCCUCUGUAGAGUGACUGAUGGACCACUCCUCACUCAAAUUGAGAGAUAUCUCAAGCGAGCCAUAGUUGACAAGAACCCUUUCGUUGCCAGUGCAGCACUUGUCAGCGGUGUCCACUUGAUUCAGGUAAUUUCAAGUGAUUCCUUAUUAUACGUUGAUCCGUUCAUCGUAGCUUUAAUUUUUUUCCUACUGGGACAGAUAAAUCCCGAGAUUGUGAGACGAUGGAGCAAUGAGGUCCAAGAAACUAUCCAGUCGAGGGCUGCUCUUGUGCAAUUUCACGCUUUGGCUCUUCUUCACCAAGUAUGGAAAUUUUUCUCUUAACUUGUAAAGAAAUUUGAAAUUUCAACGUGGAAACAUUGCCUGUGGAUACCAGUGUUGCACAGAUGUUCGUUUUUAUGGAAGUUGAAAGAUUAAUUUUACUCCGUUUCUUCUUUAAAUGGAAUUAAGAAUUUGACCGCCAAGUUAUCACAAUUUGCAGAUACGGCAAAAUGAUCGAUUGGCUCUUAGCAAGCUUGUUACGAGUUUGACAAGAGGAACAGUUCGUUCACCUUUAGCACAGUGCCUCCUAAUUCGCUAUGCGAGUCAGGUUCUUGUUUCCAACUACUUAACUGAGUCACAAGCGAUAACAUAAUUUUAUUUUGUAAGAAAUGACUGCUUUUAUUGGACAAUAUCGUUUUCUUCACAAAAGGAGGUCACGAUGAAACCUAUUUUUCAUUUUCAGGUGAUACGAGAGUCAACCACUGACAACCAAACUGGGGAUCGGCUAUUCCAUGAUUUCUUGGAGUCCUGCCUGCGCCACAAAUCUGAAAUGGUGAUACUUGAAGCUGCAAGAGCAAUAACAGAGUUGAGUGGUGUAACAAGUCGAGAAUUAUCUCCUGCUGUCACUGUUUUACAACUAUUAUUGAGUUCAUCAAAGCCUGUACUUCGGUUUUCUGCUGUUCGAACUUUAAAUAAGGUUGGUAUUUCAUUCUUUUAAGAAAUCAGUUGUCACAUUUUAUUUUUAUUUUCUAAUAAUCUUCAUGCUUACGUAGUUCCGAAAUUCAGUGUUGGUACUCACUACAGAUUAUAACGUGGUUGAAGUUCUGACCCUACUGUCUUGUCACUGGAUUCAAGCUUAGAGAAUUGUUAGAGAGAUCUAUUCAAUGAUGAAUGAUUUUUGAGGCUCUUAUCCUGUGAUAUUUAUUUAUGUUUCCCCACAGCAGUCAGUAAUUUCAUCAAUGCAUCAUACAAACAGAAGGCUCUCACCGAGCUUACAUGCUCUUUAAUUGUUUGCACAGAGUUUUGCGGUGCUUUUUUUGUUUAAUCGUUUUCUCCUCGAGAAAUAAAUGUGCUUCUUUUGCUGUGCUUAAGUUCCGUUUUAGAUGUUCUCACACCUUCCUUCUAUGCUAUGAUAGAGUUUGAAUAGUCACGGUUUCUGCAAAAUUAUGUGCUCUAAAAUUCGUUCUUCAUUUGAUUGAUGCCCUAAAAGGAGACCAAGAAUACAUCAGUUUUUAUUUUCCUCUAUAUUCGAUCUCUUUCAUAAAUAAAGAAAAAUCCUGGGAGUUGCUGCCCCAAGUGGACGAAUUGAAAUUCUCCAAUCAACGAAUAAAUCAUUUAUCUGUAGCACGUCUCAUGGAAAUUUUGUUUAAUGCUGAACUGUAUAGAGAACUGUGGAUGGACAGUAAAGUCUUAAUCCCGGCUCUUGAUGCCUUUGAUGCUGAAUAUUUCUUACCAGAACUACAUCCUUGACGAUCUGAUUUAUAUUGACUUUUUACUUCUCGUUUCACCUUCUCCAUUUUUCCCUCUGAAUCAUAACCAUAGUUUCAUCCAACGCAGCAAUCACUUUUCCAAAUAACUAUAUUCAACUCCAUUACCGUUGUGUAGUCUCUGGUCUAUGUAAAAGAUUCUGUUUAUUACCCUCAACAUUUAUCACACAUUUAUUUCAUAUAGGUUUUCUUGAAUAUAAUUCGUCUUCCACGUCAAAAUCUUCUGAGGAAUUCCUAUUUCUCUUCAUGGGUCGUCCAUUCGAAUGAGUCAGUUUCUUGUUUUCAUAACCUUUGCAGGUGGCAAUAACGCAUCCUUUGGCAGUCACAAAUUGCAGUAUAGACAUGGAGAGUUUAAUUUCAGAUCCGAAUAGGAGCAUUGCGACACUGGCUAUUACUACACUGCUCAAAAUCGGCAACGAAGCAAGUGUCGACCGUCUGAUGAAGCAAAUAACAAGUUUUAUGUCAGAUAUUGCAGAUGAAUUCAAGAUAGUUGUUGUGGAAGCUAUUCGGUCAUUGUGCUUGAAGUUUCCGCAGAAAUGUCGCUCACUGUAUGUCAGAUUUUGCCUUUUUGGGUUAAACUACUUUCGUAUUUUGGUUGACCUUUUUCGUCUGCGAUCAUUUCUCAGGAUGAACUUCUUGAGCAGCAUUCUCAGAGAAGAGGGAGGUUUUGAGUAUAAAAAAGUGAUCGUUGACUCGAUCUUUAUCCUCAUCCGGGACAUACCUGAUGCCAAAGAAACUGGGCUGUUUCAUCUCUGUGAAUUUAUCGAAGAUUGCGAAUUUACGUAUCUUUCUACGCAGGUAUUACUCACCUAAAGCAACUAUUAACCUCUUUCCUAUUUUCUUAAGCGAACUGACGGGUAAAGAAAUCAGCAGAGAUAUGAUCUUGAUACUAAUUAUGCUUUAAUUGUCGUUAUUUACUAUCUAUCUUGUUGUCUAGGUUUCUUAGAUAUGAUCUUAUAACAUUCCUAUCUCGUUGUCACCGUGUUACUUACUGUACAGAUUCUUCACUUUCUUGGAAAUGAAGGACUCAAGACACCUGACCCAGGCAAGUUCAUAAGGCAUAUCAAUAAUCGCGUCAUACUUGAGAAUGCAACAGUUCGCGCUGCUGCAGUCAGCACAUUGGCCAAGUUCGGGGCGAUGAUCGAUUCACUGAAGGUACCUGAGAACCCAAGUUUUUUUUUAUAAUAAUUUUAUUUUUCUUACCCAGAUGCUUGGAAAUUUCCAUGAACUGAUCUUCUCUCGCAGCCUCGCAUACUAGUGCUCUUGAGACGUUGCCUUCAUGACAUUGAUGACGAGGUAAAAUACUGUCAUUUUUGUGCUUUCUAGCUUCUAUUUUGUUCACAGCUUGCUAUGGAAACCAUAGGGAAUGAAUGCUCUUUCGUAAACAUAUCACCAACUGUGAAUAAAUCCGAGGAUUUUCAACUGUAUAUUUUCUUCAUUACUGUGAAGAAAAAAAAACCUUAUUUAUUAUUUAUUUCAGGAUCAUCAGUUUUUCUCGCUUGUUCUUGUACUCAUAGGUCCGUGAUCGGGCAACUCUGUAUCUGGGCACUCUCGGAGGAGAAGAACCCACAGCAAAGACCGACCAAGAUGCUAAAGAAUUUCUGUUUGGCCCCCUCGACAUUCCACUUCCUAAUUUAGAAACUAGUCUCUUGAGCUAUGUGAGUACGAUCUGAACCAUAUACUCUGUCGAUCUCAUACAUCCUCUAGAAGCCAUCAAUGUCUCAAUACCCUGAUUCAGGAGCCCUCUGAGGAGCCCUUUGAUGUUGCUUCCGUGCCCAAAGAGGCCCAGUUCCAGCCCCCCGUGGAGAAGAAGGUAGUGGGGGGUAAGACGGCGGCCGGUCUGGCCUCGGCCGUUGACUCCUACCAGACGCUGCUCUCCGCCAUUCCCGAGUUCUCAUUGUUUGGGAAGGUCUUCAAGGUUCGUCCUCCACACGUUCCUUCUUCCGCCGUGGAAUCGAAUCCCAUGUGGGUUUGCUUGUUCUUGCAGUCGUCGGCCGCCGUGGAGCUGACCGAGCCCGAGACCGAGUACUCCGUCAACGCCGUCAAGCACGUCUACGACGGGCACGUCGUGAUCCAGUACAACUGCACGAACACGAUUCCGGAGCAGCUGCUGGAAAAUGUAACGGCGAGGCAGCUCAGUUCACCUUCUUCAUUCCCCUUACAAUCCUUUUCCUUUCUAAUCUUAGUUGGGUGAUUCAGGUUACUAUAUUUGUCGAUGCAUCCGAAGCCGAGGAGUUCUCGGAAGUCGCGUCGAAGCCCCUCCGGUUCUUACCGUACAAUUCCCCCGGACAGACAUUCGUGGCCUUUGAGAAGCCGGCAGGCGCCGCUACUGUGGGGAAGUUCUCGAACCUGAUGAAGUUCUUCGUUAAAGAGGUGCGUACCUCAAUGAGAGGGACUAGAGAGAGAUUAUGGAAAGAGAGAGAGAGAGAGAGAGAGAGAGAGAGAGAGAUAGAGAGAGAGAGAGAGAGAGAGAGAGAGAGAGAGAGAGCAUCCUACUUAUGGCAUUUAACCAUGUGGGGGUAUCUUCUUCAGGUGGAUCCAUCGACAGGGGAAGCGGAGGAGGAGGGAGCAGAGGACGAGUACCAGCUGGAGGACGUGGAGGUGUCAGCGGCAGACUACAUGCUGAAGGUUGGUGUCUCCAAUUUCAGGAACGCCUGGGAGAGUCUCGGCCCCGACAAUGAGCGUGUUGAUGAGUAUGGGCUCGGGGCGAGGGAGACCCUGGCAGAAGCUGUCGCCGCCGUCAUUUCCAUCCUUGGCAUGCAGCCCUGCGAGGUUAGCCUCUCUCUCUAGAUCAUCCCCACAUUACUUCUCUGAAGAAAACUUGUGUUCUUGCCAGAUUCUUAGGUUAGAUGGAUGGGUUCAAGAAGAAUCUUAUUCUUGUAAAGUGAAAAUCUCGCUAGAUAUCUGAUGGACUGAUCAUCGUCUUCUUUGUGGGUCAGGGGACGGAAGUCGUUCCGGCCAAUUCGAGGUCGCACACGAGCCUCCUGUCCGGGGUGUUCAUCGGCGGCGCCAGAGUUCUGGUCAGACUCUCCUUCGGGAUCGAGGGGUCAAAGCAGGUGGCCAUGAAGCUCGCCGUCAGGUCCGAUGAUCUUUCGGUAAGCGAUGCGAUCCACGACAUCGUCGCCAACGGCUGA